AUCUUCAUUGGGUUCUACCUACAACAAAGAGGAUUAAUAAAUAUACAACCGUGAACCGCGGAAUACAACGAUAUUACAACCAAUAGCAUCCGACCACCGCAGCCAACCAUGUCGUCACGUUAUCAUUAUGAAAUUGUAGUGAUUGUGUGUCUCAGUUCUUGCUUAAAGCGACUGAUUUUUUGUGAGUUAUAUAGUUGUGUUUACAGUAAAUUAAUUGUUAAUACAAAUUUGUAAAACAAAUUUUAAUUACAUAAAGUGUCCGAUUUUCAACCUAUUGUUUUGGGUCUAGAAAUCGUAGCCUUGGCAAGCGGUCUCAUCGUAGCUCAAAUGUUUUUUACGGUUAUUACAAAUCUGAAGUCAAAACACUGUGGACUCCUCUAGUUCCAGAAUUAUAGUUACUUGAAUUUUUCCAACGCUUUAAACUAAGUUGAAGUAGUUAGAUACCAACUGAAAAUCAGAUCAGAAAUGGAUAAUUAUAACAAAAUAAAUAAAUGCGACGAGGAUACAAAAGAGCAAUUGACUGAAGCCUUAUCGAAAACUACAAAAUCUAAAUCUGUUGCAAAGUCAUACAACUGUUGUCCCACGACCCACAUCGAACAAUCUAAAACAAUUGACAGUGAUGCAUAUGGUGUCAGAGAAACGAGCAAUGAAAUAUUAGUCAAAGCCGAGGUAGACCUAGUGGGCGGAUAUGUAUUUGAGUCUGUGAUAGAAAUUGAAAAAAAUAGGCUUCCAGAUUUGCAAACGAACGAUUUGGACGAAAUACUUAGAUUCGUCUGCGAUAUGUGUACCAAGUCGUUUAAUACUAAAAGAAAAGUUGCUCGUCACAUAUCUCAAUCACACAGUGAGAACUUAACGUCCCAGAAAAGCACAGAGAAACAAGUUGCCAGAAAUAUUUUAGUACUUAAUCAAGCAAGAGGCCAGACGAAAAUUAAAAUAGACCAAACUGACAAUUAUAAUUGCAUAUUAGAAAAAAUAGAAAAAAAUCGGCAGUCAAAAGAACAACCAAAAACAAUAGACAAUAAUGCAUAUAAUGUUGGAGAAACGUGCAUAGAAACAAUAGUCAAAGCCGAGGUAGACCUAGUUGGGCGAUAUGUAUUUGAAUCGGUGAUAGAAACUGAAAAAAAUAGGCUUCCAGAUUUGCAAACGAACGAUUUGGACGAAAUACUUAGAUUUGUCUGUGAUGUGUGUAACAAGGCGUUUAGUACAAAAAGAAGAGUUGCUCGUCACAUAUCUGAAUCACAUAGUGAGAACUUAACAUUCCAGAAAAGCACAGGAAAACAAGUUGUCAAAAAUGUUUUCAUUUCCAAUAAUAUGAGUAAUGAACCAAAUAACAAAUGCGUGCACACCGGUGAAAAGAAGCUUUACAAAUGUAAUGUGUGCUUCAAGUCGUGUUCUUCAAAAUAUCAUCUCACACAACACAAUCGGGUGCACACCGGUGAGAAGCCCUACAAAUGUGAUGUGUGUUCAAGAUUUUUUUCUCUAAAAUCCUCCCUCACAAAACACAAACUUGUGCACACUGGGGAGAAGCCUUACCAAUGUGCUCUGUGCUUAAAGUCAUUCGCUGUAAUAUCCUGGCUCACAGUACACAAACGCCGCAUGCACACAUUUUUGGAAAAGCCCUACAAAUGUGAUGUAUGCUUAACGUCGUUUGCUGAGAGGAGAUUACUUACAUUACACGAACGCGUGCACACAGGGGAGAAGCCUUAUAAAUGUGAUGUAUGCCGAAAGUCAUUUGCUCAACCAACCCACCUCACCACACACAAACGCAUACACACUGGGGAAAAGCCCUACAAAUGUGAUGUAUGCUUAAAGUCGUUCUCUGUAAAAUCUUGCCUCACAGAACACAAACGCGUGCACACCGGUGAAAAACCCUACAAAUGCAAUGUGUGCUUGAAGUCAUUUUCUAAGAGAUCACAUCUCACAUUACACAAACGCGUGCACACUGGGGAGAAGCCUUACCAAUGUGCGUUGUGCUUAAAGUCCUUCGCUGAUAAAUCCUCGCUUACAGUACACAAACGUGUGCACACUGGUGAAAAACACUACAACUUAAUACACUACGACUGUAAUGUGUGCUUUAAGUCGUUUUCUAAAAAAUCUCAUUUAACAUUACACAAACGCGUGCACACCGGUGAAAAACCCUACCAAUGCGAUAUUUGCUUAAAAUCAUUUCCUGAGAAUGGUUCCUUGACAAAACAUAUGCGCGUCCACACUGGUGAGAAGCCAUUCAAAUGCAAUGUUUGCUUAAAAUCGUUUACUUCAAAUUCCACCCUCACGGGACACAAACGCGUGCACACAGGUGAAAAACCCUACAAAUGCAAUGUUUGCCUAAGGUCGUUUUCUGAGAAUAGUACCUUGACAUACCACACGCGUGUGCACACUGGUGAAAAACCUUUCAAAUGUGAAAUUUGCCUUAAGUCGUUUUCUAGAAAAGCCAAUCUCACACAACACAAACGAUUGCACACUGCCAAAAAGUCUUACAAAUGUGAAGUUUGUUCCAAAUGUUUUUCACAAAAACGCAGUCUAACAAAACAUAAAUGCGUGCUCACCGGUUAAAAGUUCUACUAAGUUUAAUUGUGUUUAAUGUCCUUUGUAUCAAACUCAAGAUUAGAUCAUACAAAUGCAUACAAACAAGUGAAUAACCUUUUAUAUGAUGGGUAUGCUUUUAAAUUUUUUCCUAAAACUCUAACCAGAUGGAUGAAAACUUGAGGGCUUAUUUAAUCAUUUAUAUUGCUUUUUUGUUAGACGUUUUAAGUAUCGAUUUGUAAAUUAUUAGGGUAUUAACGCCCUCCAUAAGAUACAUUUACUGCUAAAGUUUUAAUUAUUGUUGUUUAAUUUUAAUUAAACUAUUUUAACCUCUAGGUGUUUAAGUGAUGAUUAAAUGUUAAAAAAGGCAAUAUUUUUUAUAUUAUAUUAUUUAUGUGUAAUUAUAGAUUUACCCAUUUUUUACC